GUGGAAUCACGGGUACCUUGUAUGCCUGCACGCUUGGAGUCUCGGGCCUGGCCAACUUCAUUCAUCCUACCUCCAAUCCGCGGGCAAAGAUCGCGAAUUGGGCGCAUCUGUUUUCUUCUGCUUCCAGAGUCUAGACGGCAACAUACAGCAGGCACUUCACUAUAGCAACGCACCAAAAUAUACCGACUCACAUACUCCCGCCAAGACUCACAAUCAGGCCGUCACUCCACCAUAUACUCCGUACCUGGCCUAACAACCUGAGGGGAAGAGACUCGCUAAAGCUCUGCGCUAGGUGACCUUGCUAGGUGACCUUGCUAGGCGUGUGGCUUGUCUGGCUUACGCGCCGCAUGUCUCCUGUCAAUGCUGCCCGUGCUUGAUUAGACUAAAGGCCCCCAAAAACGGUUUGCGCUACCUCUUGUAACUGGCAGCAAGAUACCCCUGCACUACUGUACUCCGUACACGCAGCUCAGGAACCUACCUAGGCUAGCCUCAGGGCUAACCCCUCCAAGCUCUAGCUCCAUAAGCAAAAGCUCGCCAGUCUGAACAGCCCUGAGCUUUUCGGGCUGAAAGUGACGUAAACCCGUCAACGCACCACCACGUCGCGCGCGCUUUUGGAGUCAAUCCAUCUCUGAUUUGUCGCGCGCGUGGGACAAGCCACGUUCAUCUGGUCUUUGUGGUCAAUUGUUUUUGAAAUCAGUUAUUCGUUAGACCAUUCACUGUGGCUUUUGUUACCAUCCCCUUUCGGGUUUACGCAACGCAACUCACCCGUCACUCCCCCCCUCGCAGAAAGGCGGGCGAUCUCCCCCCAUACCCUGAGGCUCCGGUGCCCUGAGGCCCCCUCUUCGGAAAACCUGGCGCUGUCCAACUUCCAAAGGUCGCUGCACCGGCUGGUGCCCAGAAUGUCGUCGGACUCGUCAAAGCCAGACGGCCAAAGAGGUUGGGGCCUCAAGAACCGGUCCAAGAACAAAGUCACGAGCAGCGAAUCGGUCGAUGUGGCUGAUCCGCAGCCGGCGGACGCGGACGACUUGAGCGACGUCAAACCGGCCGAGGAGAUCGACAGCGACGAGGAAGAAGACGACGAGAGGCGGGCACAGCAACAUCGGCUGCACCAUAGCCAAGACGGCAGUGGGAGGAGAAGCAGCAAGCAGCAUGGGCGCGAUUUGCGCAAGGAGUUUGAGGAUCAGACACCCAAGGUGGGCGCAAGCGUGAGCGCGCGUGACGCCUACGAUCAAGAGCCGGCCUACGUCGCGCCCAUCCCCAAAAUUCCACCGAUCCCACCCGUCGCGAGUCCUGGGUCGGGCGAAGGCCGCGACAGCAAGAACCGGAAUGGCGUUCCCGCUUCAAACAGGCCACAGAUACCGCGAUGGGUCACCGAGAGGCUCAUAGGCAAGAAGAUAGACGAGUAUGGCGACGUUGUGGACGACGACGGCAAGGUCCUGGGCAGAGUGGCGGGCGAUCUACCAUCAAUGGUCGGCCGCACCGUUCUGAACCAGCGCGGCGAUAUAUUAGGCGAUGACGGGGAGCUGCUGGGCUACGUAGCUGAGGUCGCCCCUUCCAAGGGCAAGGAAGCUGAGGUUGCCGGCGACGGGGACGAUAUGGCGAGUUACACAGAUGGGGAGGAUGAUGGCGCACCGCGAUCUCCGCCAAAGAGCAUAGACCAGUAUACGGGCAAGUCGAGCGCAAGUCUACAAGUCGACCACAGAGGAAACAUUCUCGACUCGUAUGGUAACAUCAUCGGGCACUUUCGAGACAACCUCAGGAACCCUAAAACAGAAGCAGAGAUCAAGGCAGAAGAGAGGCAGCAGCAGCGGGCGUCCUCUAGAGAACAGGAACAGUCGGGGCCGUCGAACUCGAGGGCAAAAGAGAAGCCGGCGGAUGACAGGCCACCAAACGCUGCGGCUUGGAGGAAGGAGAAUGAGAGUCCCUCUGAUAUAUUUUUGGAUGUGAAGUCGACGACAGAAGGCAUCCAGUUGACCAUCCGGAUCCCAACCGUGUUUCCGAACGGGGGAACUCCGCGAGUGAACUUUUCCUAGAUAAAGAGGGCGCAUGUCGUGUGGUGAUAUAGUUGCAGGAUAUCAGCUUUUGCUCGUUUGGAUCACGGACCUGGUGGCGGGGAAGGGUGGUUGCAUGAGUUACGCAGAGAAUAAGCCAGGAGUUGAGGAGUUGGGUAUGACAAAGAAAUUCCCCACGACACGUUAUAUAACGACGGGACAAAUGUUCCCGGGGAUCUUUGGAUAGACUGGCAACUAAAUCAUCAGUUGGAGAACGGACUAUAGGAUGAGAGACGGGGGAUAAGCACCGGUUGACCCUGCUUUUUGCUUGCCACUUGCUUUAUCAUUUUAGCUUGGCUGGCAAAGCUGGAUAUCUCUAUUCCUCCACGUUCUGCCAUCCUGUAUCAUAACAGAGGACAAUUAUAGCAGCGUCGUCUCACUGGAAUGGAUUCACUUGUCUAAGAUUGGCAGUCGAAAUCACCGAAAUCUCGAUGGGUGCUCUGAAAUGUUGGCUAGCUUUUUUUUGGAUUCUGUAUGAUGAUUAGAAUGCCCAGACGGGAACGUUUGGAAGUGAAAGUGGCGUCGUCGAUCAAAUUGUGGCGCGUCAUCUAGAAAGAGCCGAAUCAAGUUUUUUUUUGGCAGAUAGGGCUAGCCCGAACUGAUAAUGAUGUAUGUACGGAGUAUGGGAGGGUUGAACGGGUAGGCAGGUCUUGGUAGGGUCUGGUAAGGGUUAUGUGUGGCAGACUAACCUAUAUUACUUGACCAUGGUGUAAAAG